AUGACUACAGUUCGUACUCUAAUAGCUGUCGUAUAUGUUCGUAAGUGGAAGGUUUGUCAAAUGGAUGUCAAGAAUGCAUUUCUGAAUGGUGAUCUCCAUGAGGAGGCCCCUCGUGCUUGGUUUGAGAAGUUCUUGAAGCGUGAUUUGGCUCAUCGUGAUUUGGCUCAUCGUUUUGCUAUGAAGGAUUUGGGUUUGCUCCGGUAUUUUUUGGGUAUUGAGGUGGCUCAGUCUCACAAAGGACAUCUUCUUUCUCAAACAAAAUAUAUAUCUAAUCUGUUUCAGCGGGCAAGACUUUCUGAUAAUAGAACUGUUGAUACUCCUCUUGAAACCAAUGUGCGAUAUUCUCCCAGUGAUGGUGUUCCCUUGGCUGAUCCAAGUUUGUAUCGUACUAUUGUAGGCAGCUUGGUUUAUCUUACAGUUACUCGCCCGGAUAUUGCUCAUGCAGUUCAUGUGGUUAGCCAGUUUAUUACUGCCCCUACGUCUAUUAAUUGGGGAGCUGUUAUUCGUAUAUUAAGAUAUCUUCGUGGCACUCCGUUUCAGAAUCUUCUGUUUCCCUCUACAUCUUCUUUGGAGUUACGUGCCUACAGUGAUGCUGAUUGGGAUAGUGAUCGUAAUGAUCGCAAGUCCACAACUGGUUUUUGUGUUUUUCUUGGAGAUUCAUUAAUCUCUUGGAGAAGUAAGAAACAAGAUGUUGUUUCAAGAUCUUCUACUGAGGCUGAGUAUCGUACUAUAGCUGUGACUACAUGUGAGAUUGUUUGGUUACGAUGGAUUCUUGCCGAUAUGGGGGUUACCAUCUCUCAGCCUACUCCAUUACAUUGUGACAACAAAAGUGCUAUGCAGAUUGCUAAGAACUCUGUUUUUCAUGAUCGAAAAAAACAUAUUGAGAUUGAUUGCCACUUCACGCAUCAUCAUCUUCAGCUCGGGACCAUCUCGCUUCCAUAUGUUCCAUUAACCUUGCAGAUUGCUGAUAUUUUUACGAAGGCUCUAUCGGUGUCGCGGUUUCGUUUCUUGUGUGACAAACUCUCAAUGCUUAUUGCUAUUGCAUUGUGCGUUUGA